GAUUGUUUCUCGAGGGAAAAUUACUCACAACACACUGCCCCACCCUCUUUUCACUUUAAAAAAAAAAAAAAAAAAUUUCCUUUGGAAAGUUGUAGCUGUCCUGCACCUUACUUCAACUGCUUUCUGUUUUCUUUGGAUUAAAUAAACAUAUACAGAAUAUAUAACGAAUAGAGAUUUGGCUGGCACUGCUGGAAAAUAUGUCAGAUGACACAAUGACAAAAGGAAGCAUGUGAUAUGGAAUGAAAGACCAGUAAUAAUCUCCUCCCACUAGCAUGACUUUCAAGAGAGCAUGCUGGUUUCUCGAUUGAAUCUGUUGUUUUUCCAUUAUCUGUUAAGUCAUAGUGGCUUUGCAGGGCUGAAUGUUUUGUCUAGUUGAGUGGGUGGCACCUUUGAGUACAAAAAGUAUACAAGAAAAACCGGUUCAACAGGAUUUGCUUUCUUCAGCCUAGAUAUAAACGGUGCUGAGCAGGUGAACAGAGCUUACAGGGCUUGAGUUUCACCUUAGUUUUUAACAGGAGAUUUUAAUUUUCCACUUUCUUUUCUUUCUUUGUGUUGAAAAUGACCAUCAAAAAUUUCUCAAUUGAAUAUGAUGCCAUCAACAGCAAAAACUCUUUCACAAAUGGAGAUGUCAUCAAUGGAAGAAUCAUCGUAGAGGUUUCUAAAGAAACUACAAUCCAAGAGCUUGUUUUUAUAGCUAAAGGAAAAGCUCGGGUUUGCUGGCAUGAGCACUAUGGGCAAGGUCGUGAUCACGUUUACUGGUCUGAUGAGAAAUAUUACGAGGUCAAACAGCACAUCUUGAGAGAAUCAAGACAAGAUGGUACUGAAGUCAUUGGACAAGGAAGACAUGUAUUUCCUUUUACCUUCACUAUUCCUGACAGGAAACUCCCAUCAAGUUUUAAACACUCCAUUGGCAAAAUUGUCCAUAAGCUGAGGGCAGAGCUUAAACAGUCAAUGAGGCUAACAAAAAAAACCAAAGCCCACUUCACAUUUGUGUCCAAAGCAGAUAUGGAUAUCCCGGGACUUAUGGACCCUCAAUAUGGCUGCAAGGACAAACACGUCAGAGCCUUUGGCUCUGGAAACGUCUCACUGGAUGUCCAUACAAAGCAGAUGGGAUACAGACAAGGUGACCCUCUUGAAGUCACACUUGAAAUCACCAAUAACUCCAGUCGUGCGGUGAAGCCGAAAUUCAUACUGUACGAGAAGAAAAGCUUCUUUGCCCAAGGUCGAAGGAGAGUAAACACGCAUGAGAUCUUGAAGGAGAAGGCUGAGGCUGUUGAGGCUUCCUCUGGCAAAAAAACUGUGACCAAGGUGAUCACCAUCCCCAGAGAACUGCCUCCCUCCAUCUUGAACUGUGCCAUCAUCAAGCUGGAAUACAGGCUGAAGAUCCAACUGGAUAUCAAAUAUGCUACAGACCCAGAGGUUAAAAUCCCUAUAGUGGUCCUACCUGAGUUUUCAAAUGUAAAGCAACGACCUGCUGCCACGUCUUCUUUUGGAUUUGAAGCUUUUGGGAACCCAAAGCAACCACUGAGCACCACACCCCAACAUUCAAUGCCUCAAGCUAUGUGGAACACCGCUCCCCAACGUGGAGUACCCUCGCCUAUGGAUCCCCCUCCUCCCUACGGAGCGUACGCAGGGUACCCCUCCCUCCCUCCCUCCUGACAAGUAUACAAAUGCUCUGUAAAUACCUGCCUUAAAAGAAUAUACCAUCAUUAUGAUAUCACAUGUCUAUAACUCUAUCAGACUCAAGGUGGACAGUUUUGUACAGCUUCUCAAUCAACCAGGGGGAUCAUCCUUUUCACUCCACAAACUCCUCUUCCUUGCCAAAGCCUACAUUAUCCACAAUACAGUACAGCAAUCAACAGCAUGUUUCGAGACUCGCAUGUGCAAUUUUAUGGCCAAUAAAUCUUUGAGCUGCUGGCCACCUUCUCUUUGUUACGCCACACCCCCAGAUCAAGAUGACUUAACUUGGCAAUUAUCAGAUAUCCUGCAGCUCCCUCUGGAGCCACAAAGAGGUUUAUACAGCUUUAUUCCAUAUAUGAAGUAGUACUGCCCAAUAAUUGUUAACUUUAAUGUGUAAUAUCAGUAAUCUUAUUUCUUCUAUCUUAUUUCGGUUGGCAAUAUUUUAUUAAUCUAAUGUCGUAGAACAAUUGCACAUAAAGUGUAUUGUACUAGGUUUAUGUAACAGACGAAUAAUUGUCUGUCUUUCAAAUUUUUAAUUGUUCAUGUUUAGAUUGUUGCUUCAGAAAUUGCUUGUUGACCAAAUUGCAAAGUCAUUGCGAAUAAAGUCAUUCACUUUAA